GCUCGUCAGCGCCGAGCAAGUUCCAGGAUUGGGUGGAGUGGGUGGAAGCAGAUCCAAUCAGCAAUCAGCGCGCGUGGGUUCUGGGCCGUAGAGCCGCUUCUCGAGUAGGCUGAGGCGACCUGAAGUCUGAGGUGUGGAGGAGGUUAACAAAUAUCAUAAGGCACAUGUCAGUGAAUCAGCAAGAUUUAGAUCCAGAUAGUACUACAGAUGUGGAAGAUGUUGCCGAUGCUGAAGAAGAACUUAUUAAAAAAUGUGAAGAAAUGUGGAAAGAUAUGGAAGAACUGUCAUUAUUAAUUAUGCAAGUGAAAUGUUUGACUGCUGAACUUAGUCAGUGGCAAAAAGAAACUCCUGAAAUGAUUCCCCUGAAUGAAGAAAUUCUGGUAACAUUAGGAAAAGAAGAGUUCCAAAAAUUGAGACAUGAUCUUGAAUUGGUGCUAUCUACUAUUCAGUCAAAAAAUGAAAAAUUAAAGGAAGACUUAGAAAGGGAGCAAAAAUGGUUGGAUGAACAGCAGCAGAUACUGGAAUCUCUUAAUGUACUACAAAAUGAAUUGAAACAGCAGGUUGUGACAUUUUCUGAAUCAAGAAUUUUUAAUGAGCUGAAAACAAGAAUGCGUGAUAUAAAAGAAUAUAAGGAGAAACUCUUGGUUACCCUGGGUGAGUUUCUUGAAGACCAUUUUCCUCUGCCUGAUAGAAAUGUUAAAAAGAAAAAGAAAGACAUUCAAGAAUCAACUGCACAGCUGAUAACACUGCAUGAAAUGUUAGAGAUUCUUUUAAAUAGAUUAUUUGGUGUUCCACAUGACCCAUAUGUCAAAAUUAGUGAUUCUUUUUGGCCACCUUAUAUUGAGCUGCUCCUGCGUAAUGGAAUUGCCUUGAGACAUCCAGAAGAUCCAACCCGAAUAAGAUUAGAAGCCUUCCAUCAGUAAAAAGAUGGUGUUUUUUUCACACAGUACAUAAAGAAUCUUGUCAUUCAAGGAUAAUGGAAACACAGAAUUACUUGGAUAAAGAAUGUUAUUUGCUAAUCAAAGCCCAUAAUAUAGUCCAUUUUCCUUUCAGGCUUAAAAUGACUCAUGCUGCCAUCUACUAUUCACUUAAAAAUGAUAGCUUCAUAGUCAAUGCUUUGUGUUUUCAACUGAGUUGACAAGAAUAAGUAAAAAACAUUCUAGACUUAAUCAUUAUAAUACUUUAAAUAUACCUUACUUCUGCAGUAUUCUUUGGAAAAUUCUUUGUUAAUUAUAUUCCUAAUGUAAUGUUUUUCUCUUAAAAUAUAUGCCAGUUUAUUUUAUGCAUUUCAAGUUCUAUUUGGUGCUUACAUCCUUUAAAUUUAUAAAUUAUGGUGAAAGGCCAUAAUUUGCUGGAGGUUAAAAAACUGACUUAGUAUCUUAAUGUAUAAUGUAGCAUAAUUUUUAAGUAUAUAGUACAUCUGUUCCAUGUGUACUACAAUAUUUCUAGGUUUGUUAAAAAUUGGAAUAUUAAAAAAUAAUGAAUAAAGGUAGCAUGAAAACUAUUUUAAUGUGUAUUAUAUUACAAGUGAUAUAUAUAUUAAACCUUUCUUGAUUCUGUUAAUUAUUACUAAUGAUAUUGUGUUCAUAAAAUUUUUUUAAUCCUCUGUGACAUUUUUGUAAAUAAAAUUCUCAUUUAAAAUUCUCUAGCUUUUUUGGGGAUGUGGCAUGAUAUUUUAAUAAAUAGACUUUAUCAUAGGUAGAUAAGUGACAAUAUAAUUAAAUAAGUGACAAUAUAAUUAAACUACAUAUAUGUAUAAGUAUAUACAUAUAACUAGAGAAUUCCAAACACUUUUUGUAUCAUUAGUUUUCAGAGUGGACUUGGUGUAUAUUUUUAUUUUUUGAAAUUGAUUUCUACUGCAUUCUAUUAUUCAAGUUUAUUUACCUUGAAUACUAAAUCUCUCUUAAAACAGGCAAAAACUUCCAAGUAAACUGUGUCCCUUUUGUAGAAAAUACAAUGCUGUUAUAUUUUAGAAAACUUGUAAGUUCUUUUUCAGGAAGAUGACAUACAAAAAUACCUUACUAGAAUACUCUAGUUGAGAUUCAAAGGAAUGAGCAACUUACUAUUCCUUGAAGUUACUAGAAAAAGGAAAAUGGUGGUGGCAGAAUAAGUUUGACAGUAUUUCUACAGAGCAGAUAAUACUGUUGUCUGUGAACUUCUCUGUGUUGUGAAUUACAGAAAUCAAUAGAUAAAAGCAGUAAACAAUUUGAUGAUUUAUUUGGUAAGUCUUGAUUUCACACUUAUUAAGUUGGAUCUUUUUAUCACAGCAUCUUUUGUAAAAUUUUUUUUAUAUAAUUUAAUUUAUUUGUUACUUUUGGCUGUACCGAGUCUUCAUUGCUGUGCGGGCUUUUUACUUGUUGCAGCAAGCAAAGGCUCCUCUCUAGUUGUGGUGCACAGGCUUCUCAUUGUGGUGGCUUCUCUUCUUGCCGAGCAUGGGCUCUAGGGUGCAUGGGCUUGUGUAAAGUUUUAAAGAAAACUAUGAUGAUUGCAUCCUACUUUUUAAUUUGCUAAUCCAGCCUUCUUAUAUAGCACAGUUUUUUGCCCACUUUUCAUCUCAAUCAUAAACAAAGUAAAUUACAGUAGAAUUAGUCUUGAUUUGUACCCCAUCUAAGCUUACAGGCCUUGAAGGGUUUUUUUUGUUGUUGUUUUUGUGUGUGUGUGUGUGGUUUUGAGUAUGUUGGAGAAAAUGUUUCAGUUUUUGAAAACUUGUAUGUAGGGGCCAUCACUGUGGAUCCCAGGAACAUUAAGAGGGUAAUGAGUAUUAUGAAUAACUGUUCUCAUAAAUGUUAUAAAUUAGAUGAACUGGACCAAUUUUAUGGAAGACACAACCUACUAAAAUUCACACAAGGAAAAAUCGCCACUUUGCAUAAGCCUAUAUAUUAAAGAAAUUGAAUCAAUAAUUAUUAAACUUUCAAAACAGAAAACAUCAGACCCAAAUGGUUUCACUGGUGAAUUCUAUCAAAUAUUUGAGAAGAAAAUGAUGACAGUUCUGUACAAUCUGUUCCAAAAAAUAGAAGCUUAUUCUUUCUAUGAGGCUGGCAUUACUCUAAUACCAAAACCAGACAUUACAUUAUCCUAAUACUAGAACCAAAGACUUUUUAAG